AGGAGCUGAGGCACUGCCAGCAGCGGCCCUGCUCUGAGGGACCUUGCACGAUCCAGGUGAGUCCAGCUGUGUCACUCAGCGACUGCUGCCUCCAGGUUACCAUCAUGUCAGCUUCAGGAGAUGGAACCAGGGGUCCCCCCAAAUCCAAAGGCAAGACCUUGAGCAGUUUCUUCGGGUCUCUGCCUGGCUUCAGCUCUGCCCGGAACCUGGUGUCCCACAGUCACAGCCCCACAAAGGAUAUGGGACCAGUCCCAGACCCUGCAGGGACUCCUGCCCCCCCGUCGCCAGUGGCCACCGACCUGCAGCAGAUGGCAAGUGGUGCGGCGGGGCUGCUCCAGUCUCUACAGACCACGGCUGGGAACAAGGAUGUGGGAAGCUCCAGGGUGACUGCUGGGAAAGACGCCUUCUCCUCUGGGGGUGCCGGCUUCAUAGACAUGGCCAAAGGAAUGAUCCAGGGUGGCCUGGGUGCCACCCAGUCAGCCCUUGUGGGCACCAAGGAGGCAGUGUCUGGAGGUGCGACAGAAGCAGUAGGAAUGGCCAAAGGUCUUGUCCACGGAGGCCUGGACACCUCAAAGACUGUCCUUAGCACCACCAGAGACACGGUGACCACAGGACUCACAGGGGCGGUGAACGUGGCCAAAGGGACAGUGCAGACUGGUCUGGACACCACCAAGUCCGUGGUCAUGGGCACCAAGGACAUGGUGACCACAGGACUCACCGGGGCCGUGAAUGUGGCCAAAGUGGCUGCCCAGGGAGGCCUGGACACUACUAAGUCUGUGGUCAUGGGCACCAAGGACACGGUGACCACAGGACUCACAGGGGCCAUGAACAUGGCAAAAGGGACAGUACAGACGGGUCUGGACACCACCAAAUCCGUGGUCAUGGGCACCAAGGACACGGUGACCACAGGGCUCACAGGUGCCAUUAAUGUUGCCAAAGGGGCUGCCCAGGGAGGCCUGGACACAGCCAAAUCUGUGGUCAUGGGCACCAAGGACACGGUGACCACAGGACUCACAGGGGCCGUGAACGUGGCCAAAGGGACAGUGCAGACUGGUCUGGAUACCACCAAAUCCGUGGUCAUGGGCACCAAAGACACGGUUACCACAGGACUCACAGGGGCCGUGAACAUGGCCAAAGGGACAGUGCAGUCUGGUCUGGACACCACCAAAUCCGUGGUCAUGGGCACCAAGGACACGGUGACCACAGGACUCACCGGGGCCGUGAACGUGGCAAAAGUGGCUGCCCAGGGAGGCCUGGACACCACCAAGUCUGUGGUCAUGGGCACCAAGGACACGGUGACCACAGGACUCACCGGGGCCGUGAACGUGGCAAAAGGGACAGUACAGACGGGUCUGGACACCAGCAAGAAAGUGCUGACAGGCACCAAGGACACGGUGACCACAGGGCUCACAGGUGCCAUUAAUGUUGCCAAAGGGGCUGCCCAGGGAGGCCUGGACACAGCCAAAUCUGUGGUCAUGGGCACCAAGGACACGGUGGCCACAGGACUCACAGGGGCCAUGAACGUGGCCAAAGGGACAGUGCAGACUGGUCUGGAUACCACCAAAUCCGUGGUCAUGGGCACCAAGGACACGGUUACCACAGGACUCACAGGGGCCGUGAACAUAGCCAAAGGGACAGUGCAGUCUGGUCUGGACACCACCAAAUCCGUGGCCAUGGGCACCAAGGACACGGUGACCACAGGACUCACCGGGGCCGUGAACGUGGCAAAAGGGACAGUACAGACGGGUCUGGACACCAGCAAGAAAGUGCUGACAGGCACCAAGGACACGGUGACCACAGGGCUCACAGGUGCCAUUAAUGUUGCCAAAGGGGCUGCCCAGGGAGGCCUGGACACAGCCAAAUCUGUGGUCAUGGGCACCAAGGACACGGUGGCCACAGGACUCACAGGGGCCAUGAACGUGGCCAAAGGGACAGUGCAGACUGGUCUGGAUACCACCAAAUCCGUGGUCAUGGGCACCAAGGACACGGUUACCACAGGACUCACAGGGGCCGUGAACAUGGCCAAAGGGACAGUGCAGUCUGGUCUGGACACCACCAAAUCCGUGGUCAUGGGCACCAAGGACACGGUGACCACAGGACUCACCGGGGCCGUGAACGUGGCAAAAGGGACAGUACAGACGGGUCUGGAUACCAGCAAGAAAGUGCUGACAGGCACCAAGGACACGGUGACCACAGGGCUCACAGGUGCCAUUAAUGUUGCCAAAGGGGCUGCCCAGGGAGGCCUGGACACAGCCAAAUCUGUGGUCAUGGGCACCAAGGACACGGUGGCCACAGGACUCACAGGGGCCGUGAAUGUGGCCAAAGGGACAGUGCAGACUGGUCUGGAUACCACCAAAUCCGUGGUCAUGGGCACCAAGGACACGGUGACCACAGGACUCACCGGGGCCGUGAACGUGGCCAAAGUGGCUGCCCAGGGAGGCCUGGACACCACCAAGUCUGUGGUCAUGGGCACCAAGGACACGGUGACCACAGGACUCACCGGGGCCGUGAACGUGGCAAAAGGGACAGUACAGACGGGUCUGGACACCAGCAAGAAAGUGCUGACAGGCACCAAGGACACGGUGACCACAGGGCUCACAGGUGCCAUUAAUGUUGCCAAAGGGGCUGCCCAGGGAGGCCUGGACACAGCCAAAUCUGUGGUCAUGGGCACCAAGGACACGGUGGCCACAGGACUCACAGGGGCCAUGAACGUGGCCAAAGGGACAGUGCAGACUGGUCUGGAUACCACCAAAUCCGUGGUCAUGGGCACCAAGGACACGGUUACCACAGGACUCACAGGGGCCGUGAACAUGGCCAAAGGGACAGUGCAGACUGGUCUGGACACCACCAAAUCCGUGGCCAUGGGCACCAAGGACACGGUGACCACAGGACUCACCGGGGCCGUGAACGUGGCCAAAGUGGCUGCCCAGGGAGGCCUGGACACCACCAAGUCUGUGGUCAUGGGCACCAAGGACACGGUGACCACAGGACUCACCGGGGCCGUGAACGUGGCAAAAGGGACAGUACAGACGGGUCUGGACACCAGCAAGAAAGUGCUGACAGGCACCAAGGACACGGUGACCACAGGGCUCACAGGUGCCAUUAAUGUUGCCAAAGGGGCUGCCCAGGGAGGCCUGGACACAGCCAAAUCUGUGGUCAUGGGCACCAAGGACACGGUGGCCACAGGACUCACAGGGGCCAUGAACGUGGCCAAAGGGACAGUGCAGACUGGUCUGGAUACCACCAAAUCCGUGGUCAUGGGCACCAAGGACACGGUUACCACAGGACUCACAGGGGCCGUGAACAUGGCCAAAGGGACAGUGCAGACUGGUCUGGACACCACCAAAUCCGUGGCCAUGGGCACCAAGGACACGGUGACCACAGGACUCACCGGGGCCGUGAACGUGGCCAAAGUGGCUGCCCAGGGAGGCCUGGACACCACCAAGUCUGUGGUCAUGGGCACCAAGGACACGGUGACCACAGGACUCACCGGGGCCGUGAACGUGGCAAAAGGGACAGUACAGACGGGUCUGGACACCAGCAAGAAAGUGCUGACAGGCACCAAGGACACGGUGACCACAGGGCUCACAGGUGCCAUUAAUGUUGCCAAAGGGGCUGCCCAGGGAGGCCUGGACACAGCCAAAUCUGUGGUCAUGGGCACCAAGGACACGGUGGCCACAGGACUCACAGGGGCCAUGAACGUGGCCAAAGGGACAGUGCAGACUGGUCUGGAUACCACCAAAUCCGUGGUCAUGGGCACCAAGGACACGGUUACCACAGGACUCACAGGGGCCGUGAACAUGGCCAAAGGGACAGUGCAGACUGGUCUGGACACCACCAAAUCCGUGGCCAUGGGCACCAAGGACACGGUGACCACAGGACUCACCGGGGCCGUGAACGUGGCCAAAGUGGCUGCCCAGGGAGGCCUGGACACCACCAAGUCUGUGGUCAUGGGCACCAAGGACACGGUGACCACAGGACUCACCGGGGCCGUGAACGUGGCAAAAGGGACAGUACAGACGGGUCUGGACACCAGCAAGAAAGUGCUGACAGGCACCAAGGACACGGUGACCACAGGGCUCACAGGUGCCAUUAAUGUUGCCAAAGGGGCUGCCCAGGGAGGUCUGGACACAGCCAAGUCCAUGGUCAUGGGCACCAAGGACACGGUGACCACAGGACUCACAGGGGCCGUGAAUGUGGCCAAAGGGACAGUGCAGACUGGUCUGGACACCACCAAAUCCGUGGUCAUGGGCACCAAGGACACGGUGACCACAGGACUCACAGGGGCCGUGAAUGUAGCCAAAGUGGCUGCCCAGGGAGGCCUGGACACCACCAAGUCUGUGGUCAUGGGCACCAAGGACACGGUGACCACAGGACUCACUGGGGCUAUGAACGUGGCCAAAGGGACAGUACAGACAGGGCUGGACUCCAGCAAGAGUGUGCUGACGGGCACAAAGGACACCGUUUGUGCUGGGGUCACAGGUGCCAUUAAUGUGGCCAAAGGGGCUGCCCAGGGGGGCCUAGAUACUUCUAAAGCAGUCCUUACAGAUACCAAGACUACAAUGUUGGCUGGCCUCUCAGGCACCAUGAAUAUGGCCACUGAGACAAUGAAGACAGGCCUGGACACGAGCAAGAGCAUGCUCACAGGUACGAAGGAUACUGUCUGUGCUGGGAUCACUGGGGCCAUGAACAUGGCCAAAGGUGUCUUUCAGAAGGGCCUGCACACUCCCAAGGACACAUGGUCUGCCGUGCGGUCUCAGGCAGAUAAUGUGGCUAUUAACGCCACCCACACAGGUGUCAACACAAUCCUACGUUCACUCUCUGGCUCUCACGCCACCACCCAUGGGGUGGAACAUGUUACCCUGACUUCUGCAGAAUCCUUGUGCUCUGAGAUCAGCAACCUUGCAGACACCUGUGGCUUGGGGCUUGUCACAGAACCCAUAGCUGCCACCAAAGGCCUUGUGUCUAGUGUGGCUUCAUCUGUCCAUGCAGCUAACAAGACUGAGGAGGAGUAUGGUCAGCUGGCUGCGACAAGCUUUGCUGCACUUCAUGAUGAGUUGGAAGGGCUCGGGGACAUCUUCCAGCCCAUGACAGCUGAGGAACAAGCCCAGCUGGCGGCCUCAGAGUCAGGGCCUCGGGUGUUCUCUGCUGACCAGGGAAGCUACUUUGUCCGCCUAGGUGACCUGGCCCCCAGCUUCCGCCAGCGGGCUUUUGAACAUGCCCUGAGCCAUAUACAGCACAAGCAGUUCCAAGCCAGAGCUACACUGGCCCAACUCCAGGAGGUCUUCCAGGUGACAGACAUGACCAUGGAGGCUUCAGGUGGGCAGCUGUGCAGGAACCAGAGCUUGGGCUCCACGGCGGAGGCUGCUGGUACCCAUGAGGUGUGUGUGGCAUGGGCCCCUCCCCAGCACCUAGCACAUGUCCCAUCCCAAGGUACUUACCUUGUUCUUCCUCUGCAGGUGUGUGCUUCCAGGGCUCAGGACAGGCUGUGUACGCUAGCCUGCCAGCUCCAUGCAGCUUACAGCGGCCUGGCAGCCAGUUUGCAGGGCCUGCCAGAGGUGCAGCAGCAGGCAGGGCUGGCACGGCACAGCCUCUGCAAACUGUAUGGUCUUGUGUCCUCUGAGAGAAGCGGCGAGCUGCAGGCAGAGCACCUGGCCCAGAGCAGUGCUGGUGUGGUACAGGCAUGGCAGGGUCUGGAGGUGCUGCUGGACAGGCUGCAGCAGAGCCCCCCACUCAGCUGGCUGGUAGGACCAUUUGCUUUGAUGCCUGGUGACCAGCUAUAGAUACCUGAGGGCUUCACAACCCCAAAGUUCUGGACUAAGGGAGAGCAGAGGGUCCUCGGAAAGUCAAUUUGAAACCAGUCAUGGCUCUUGCUAUUUCCAGUAACUGAUAGCCCCUCUUCCAAACUAGCCACCAAGUCUGUUCAGAGAGCAGCACACUGGUCCCGAUGACAGAGCAAAGCGGAAGCAGAGUCAAAUCUAGGAGGUCCUCCAGCUAUCCUCACUGACAAGCCUUCCAGCCUCUGGGCUCUGACCCUACCUUCAGGGGCCCACAGCUCUCUUCUAUGGGUGGUGUCACUCAACCCCACCUUGAGCAGUGUAUCCAGAGGUCUUAGCUAACGUAUUAGGCAACUUGUUCCCCAGCACUAGAAUGUACUAGAAUGCACAGCCACCCUAAGGCAAGCUCCCACAGCCCCUUCUGAUACAUAGUGGGGUAUAAAGCCACUCAAAACCACACUUAUAUCCCAGCAUGCUGUGGGCCUGAGUCUGACCAGCUCUAUUGGGAAAGGAGGGUCACACAUGUAUCACUGCACAGAGACAGGGACCACUUGACAGGGCCGUCACUGCUGAAACUGUGGUCUGCAUGAGGAUAUGCCUGCCUAGGGUUGAAGUACUGACUAGAGACACGGGCAGGUGAUGGCCCUUCUCCCUCGUCCUAUGCAUCCAAGACAAAAGCACAGAAGAUGAUGGGGUACAAGGCAAUCCCCUAUGGACUGGCCAUCCAAGGCCACAGUCCAGCUCUACCUGAACCCCAGCAGUGCUAGCAACUCCCAAUCUUCCAGUUCCUUUUUUUGUGCACUCUUAGAAAGUAACAAUGUCCUUGAGUUCUAAGGUUGGGCUAGCUGUGGCCUAGGAGAGGACAUGGCGGAGAGGCCAUGACAGAGAGGACAGGAGCCUUCUUGAGCCUUUCCCUUUCUCUCUCAGCAUCAGGAUACAACACUAGACUGGGCCCAGGGCCUGCAGCUAUGCCUCUAGAUGAGCCUCACUACAUCAUGCUCCAUGGUGGCCAUGGAGGCAGGUGGAAUACACCGAAAGGCAUGUACCCUACCUGAGUCCACAGAACACAAGCAGAGCAGAAAAACCACAUAGCGAGAGCAGGCUGGGAUGGUGUGGACUCCAACACUCCAGCCCAAAUGCUGAGCUGCCCCAGAGGCAUUAUGCUGGGGUCCCUGCAUAGCUGGGGAAUGGAAUGGUGGUUGAGUCUCCUGUUGGCCCGUCCUUAAUGUCUGUUACUCUCAUGAUGGUGGAACAGGCUACUCAAUGUAAGAAGAGCUCUGCUGCCCUGUAAGUGUUAACCCUGCCCUGUACCAGGCCUGGCUCUCCAUGCUGCUCACAGUGGCUGGUGCCUCAGCCCUGUGUCAGGCACAGUGCUCUGGCCUUAGCCCAGCUACAUUUCAUAUCAGGACACCAAGCCAAUAAAAACUGUUUCUUUUUCAUUACAAAACCCUUUAUAACCAUUUCAUGUCAAUCGAAAUCACAGAACUAGGCAGAAAGGCCCAGGCGACAAAUACAAACAGCGCAGCACUUCCCUGGGAGGCUGGGGACGGACAUGACACCAUGGCCACAGCAGCUGGAGC